UUUUUGGUUUUUGAGAAAUGGGUUUGGAUGAUGGGCUGGUAUUGCGGGUGGUGUUGUUCUUGAUUUUCACUGGAUUUGGAGCUGCCUCUACUUUCAUUUCUGAUGAUGUGCUGCAUAGCAAUGGAUUGACUGGCCGGAGUCUUUUGCAGACGAAGACGAAUUGCCCUCUAAACUUCGAGUUCAUGAACUACACUAUAAUCACAAGCAAAUGCAAAGGACCGCGGUACCCCGCCGAUCUCUGCUGCGGAGCUCUAACGGAAUUUGCAUGCCCGUAUGCCGCUGAACUCAAUGAUCUCACAAAUAACUGCGCAUCGACUAUGUUUAGUUACCUUAACAUCCGCGCACGUUACCCGCCGGGUCUGUUUUCAAGCGAGUGCAAAGGUGGAAAAGACGGCCUCAUUUGUCCUGCGGCCGGGCCACAGAGUGCAGAAAAUAGUAACUCAGGCUCUUGCCGGAAAAAUCAGAAACUCUUUGCUCUCAUAACCAUUGUUUCUGGAUUCAUGUCAUUCUUCUUAGUAUAUUUCAAUGGUGUUUGAUCACUGAUUUUUUUUUUUACAAGAAUUUGUUGUGUUUUUCAUUUGAUCCAUUCACAUGAAUAUGUGUAUCAUUUGUAAGUUAUGAGUGAAGAAAUCUUUGUGUUAA